AUUUUGAAUUGUUCGAAACAGGGAAAUUUAUUGACAGUUCGUUGACAACGGGGAUUUUUCACUGGAAAACGUCAGUGAAGAGAAUGAUGAAAAUGGAAUGAACGCAAGACAAAGACUGUGAUCUGCUGUUUCGCAACAGAAAUAUCUUUGGAAGACAGUAAAACUCGGCCCUUUUCCAUUAUCAACUUUUCAUCGAGGUAGUCUCAGCUGAGCGUGAAAAAAGUGAGAAAAAGUAGAAGAACAUCCCGAGCGAGGUAGUAGCAGCAGCGGCAGCAAGCAGCAAGUCGUGUCGUUCCCGAUGCAGUGCAUUGUUUUCGGCAGCAUAUCGACGGUUGUUGUCCACCUUUAAAAAGGGGCAGCCCGCAUUGCAGUUGCAUAAAAUUUCGUACGAGUGCAUCACCCAGUGCAGGAGGUGAAGGAUGAGCAGCGUCUAAAAGUUGGUGUGUUGUUGGUAAUAGCAGCGAGCAGAGCAAAAACGAUGGCGAUGAUGGUGGAUAACUUUGAGUGUGCUGGAUACACGUUUUACUCAAAGUUCGAUUCCGGCAACCUGGGCAAGGUUGAGCUGGUACGAUGCUGUGAAGGACUCGGCAUCGUUGGCAACACGGUGUCGAAUGCUAUAGGUGCGGGAGGUGUAACGUGUGGUGCAGGAGCAGGGAGUAAUGCUCCCGUUAUCGGUUCGGGAAACAAUACUGCUUCAGGCACGGGCAUUACCAGUGCUUCCGCCAUAGUAGCUGCAACACUUGGGAUUGGUUUGCAACAGCAACACCAUGGACUGCUUUCUUCGACCACCGGAAGUGGCAACGGUGGCUCAACCACUGGCAGUGUCACCAGCACCCUUGGUUUGCCCAUUCCCUCACCUACACCGCACGCAACUGAAAACCCGCUGGUUGAGGUAGAAUUCAAUCUGUGGACCAGACCGGACUGUGGCGGUACGCCAUACGAAAACCAGAAUCGCACCUGGUUCCAUUUCGCCGUGACGGGCGGACGGCCCAAUCAGAUCGUAAAAUUCAAUGUGAUGAAUCUGAACAAACAGGCCAAAUUGUUUAGCCAGGGAAUGCACCCAGUCACGAAGGUUGGCCCUAAUGGGCGCUGGGAACGGAUCAAAGAUAAACCAUCUUACUCGAUCACGAACGAUGUAUUUUUCAUUUCCUUCCUGCACAAAGUGCCGGAAGUGGGCGGUGAUCAGACACGGAUCUAUUACGCGUUUACCUUUCCAUUCACGUACACCGAGCUGCUGGACCAGUUGGCCUCUUUCGACCGAAAAUUCGGUCGGCAUCCAUUCGAGCUGAACAAGAUGGCGUACGAAAUAUCGCAAAAGUAUGAUGCACUUCCAGCAACUGCUACGGAGGAGUCGAAGAACAUAUCGAACCUUGCGCCACACCGCCGGAAAGGGAAGCUAUCGAAGAUGGAGCGCGUUGACCGUACCAGCCCCGAAUCGUUCGAUGAGACAGCGCGCGAUGGCGUUGGCCAUGGUCCGCCGAUCAAGGAAGCGUUGUCAGAAGCGAACAAAUCACUGCAAACGGUGCUGGGACCGGGUGCCGGUGGAAUGAUUAUUGAUGAAAAUACCUCCGAAUCGAUGCAGCAGAUAACAAACCUUGUGAAUAAAGUGAAAAUAGAGUUACCGUCUGGUGGAUCUGCUGGUGGUGAAACGAAACAACCCGCACAAGCGUCCUCGUCGACGUGCUCAACGAAAACGAAGUUACCCUCAUUUCAUCACCAGCUCAACGUGGCAUCGACCACGGCGAAUCUCUCCGAGGAGGAUCCACGGGAUGAAAUCUACUACUGCCGGGAGCUGCUAACGCACUCAAUCGAACGUCGCCGGAUCGAACUGCUCACCAUAAGCUCCUUUCACAGGAUUCAAACGGCGAGGGAGCUACGCCUGCGCAAUCUGUUCCCAGACGACGAGGCUCAACGCUGCCAUACGUUUAAGGAUAAGAAAAUCGUUUUCAUCUCGUCACGCGUACAUCCGGGCGAAACGCCGGCCAGUUUUGUGCUAAACGGAUUUCUCAGCAUGUUGCUCGAUCGAAAGAGUGUCGUCGCGCAGACGCUACGCCGGAUGUACGUAUUUAAGAUUAUUCCAUUCUUAAACCCAGACGGAGUUUACAAUGGGCUGUAUCGAUCGGAUACGCGUGGUCACAAUCUCAACCGAGUGUACAUUAGCCCAUGUCAUGAGACGCAACCUGCGAUUUAUGCAGCCAGGAAAUUAAUACGGUACUACCACCUCGGUGUAGAUGAAGUGGAGCCGUACGAAUUAGAAAAGGAAGCAGUACAAGCGAAUGCAACCGUUGACGUUAAGGAAAUCGUCAUCGAUCCUGCAGCAGUACCAUCUCCCAUAGAAGGAAUCACAUCAACGGAUGCAACGGGUGGCAAUGUUAAUGUGGCACUUAAAAAAGUGGAAGGAUCGACCCGUAAGCGUCGCACACCGUCCCUCUCCAGCACACCGUCCACAAGCGUCUCUAGUGAGAGAAGAUCCGUUAUCGCUUUUGUAACACCGUCCGAACCACCGGCCAUCUUGGCGAAUCGAACAAAACCCGUAACAUCGUGGUCAGAUAAAAUUUUCGGUAAAAUUCUACGCCGUCGCCGCACAAAGUCGUCCGUAGCGUCCGAUCUUUCUGCGGAUGGCAUUCCUGCGGCUGCCGCCGGGAAAUUGUCUCCGAUAGCACAGGCCCUUCCAAAGCCAACUUUACUGUUGCCGGUGGUUGAGGAAGAAACAUCUGUAUUGACGGUGAAGGAACGAGUAGUCUCGUCGUCGACAUCACCCGAGUUAUCAUCUCCGACGGGUCCUGCUCAUGCUAGCACGACAACCGCUUCUAACGCAUCGUCACCGCUCACCGAUGAAUCGGAUUCAGUGGAACAAGAUACACCGGUGGCGUCCGAUUCCGGCUACAGCGAGGCAAGUUCUACGUCUUCAUCGCUGAUUUCGAAGGUUGCGUCAACCGCGUUGCCCACUCAAUCGUCAGCAGACUCAAGCAGCUGCCCUCCAGCGGAAGAAACCGCGCCGGUCGUGAUUUCGGACGCAUCACCACCCACCGUAGUGCAGCCACCGUCGCUAGUUGCGGCUGCUACGACCGCUGCACAAGUUUUCACCGAGAAGCUCAUACCGGAGCUAAAUCCGAUCCUUAGCGAAGGUACCAACAUUGGACAUGCGUCAGCUCGUGCUGGACCACCCGCUGCUGGGGGUCGUAGUGCUUCCAGUUUGAGCUUAAAAAAAUCGAUCCACACGGUAGCGGCCAGGGUCGAUACGGGCAAGGGAGGCAUCGGUAAGGGUGCACAUCACAAGCAGCACGUGUUGAACAAGCCACAGUUCCUUGGCCACAUCGCACCGGGCACACUGAAGUUCAAGGAGUUUCUGGUCCAUCCACACCAACACCACCAUCACCAUCAUCAUCAUCAUCACCAUCACCACCAUCAUCAUCUGGCGGGUGCGGGAGCGGCACCGGGUGGAGUGUCAAGUGGUGGACAGGUGCAAGGCCAGGUCGUCACCGCGCUUCAUGGUGGCAAAAUGCCGCUUGGGUCGUUUAAAAAAGGGACCGGCAGUGGAAAACAACAAACAUCGUCUUCCGCAACGUCUUCAUUGAUAGGUGUGGCUGGAGCAGUAGGCCGAGCUUCCGGUGGUGGAAGUGUCCUUGGGGAAACCGGAACUGGUCCGGCGAGCAAAAAUCGUCCACAGACCCCUCAAACCAAUGCCGGACAGUACAGCCACUAUCGAUCGCAUCGCAACGAAUACCUAAAUCCAGUCAUUGGCGGAGGUGGAGUUGGUGGUGGUGGUGGUGGUGGUGGUCCGCGAAGUUUGAACAUUAGUAUGGAUUUUCUGGCACAGCUAGACGAACGGCAUGACCGCGUAGUUUAUGAGGAUCGCAGCAAUCUCUUCAUGUACAUUGAUUUGCAUGGACAUGCCUCGAAGAAGGGUGUGUUUAUGUAUGGGAACCAUCUGCCGAACACGAUCGAAGCCGUCGAGUGCAUGCUGUUACCACGGUUGAUGAGCCUCAAUUCGCAGCACUUUCACUUCGAUGCGUGCAAUUUCAGUGAGCGCAACAUGUACUACAAAGGAAAACGGGAUGGCUUAUCGAAGGAAGGGUCAGGCCGUGUAGCCGUGUACAAGACGACCGGAUUGAUCAAAAGCUACACACUGGAGUGCAACUACAAUACCGGUAAAUGUGUUAACAUACUACCGCCACGGGGCAAGGAGAUAGUUGCUAAAACGACCCACACACUGGUACCUCCGAAGUAUACACCGGCCGUAUUCGAAGAGGUUGGCAAAGCUCUCGGACCUUCGAUAUUGGAUCUGACCAACUCGAAUCCACUGUCACGGUUACCAAAUUGCGAGUUUCGCACGCUGCAAGGUUUGCGGAAUGCACUGCGAAUCGAAAUCGAACGCGGCUCGUCGAAGGCACGGGUCACUAAUAAGACCCAGAAGUCUCACACGAAGCGGCUCGCCAAUCAGCUCUCCUGUUCGAUAGACGUUGCAAAGGAAAACGCUAUCCAAUGGGAUCACACCCUUGGCACACCGGUUGGGCUCGGUUCUGGGGGCCAACCAGGUGCCACCGUUACAACCGGGGCCAGCGGUGCGAAUGUUUGCAAAAUUGUAAACGAUACCGAUUCGACGACCCUUCUCCUAGCGAGCACGGGUGGUAGCAGUGGCAAUGCAAACAACACUACCAGUCUAUCCGUUGUGCCCGGUAUGGUCGGACCGGGGGCCGGAUCCAGCGGACGUCAGGUGCUGAAAACGGCCGGCUCAUCCGUCACGCUGAAAACAUCACACGGUACCGCUGGUGGUAAAAUUUCGCGCAAGGUUAGUGGCUUCGGCAAGCCCAAGAAACCGAAGGUGCUGUGCGAUGUCGGUGGAGUUACCGGCGCAUCGGGGAUGGGGACCGGCAGCGGUAAGAAAAUUCAGGAGCUUAUGCUUCGCAGCACGAAGGAACAAGUGCCUCGCAAAAAGAUCAAAGUGUCCCCGCAGCAUCCCGGCAUCAGUGGCCCGGGUGGUUCCGGCGUGGAUCGAACAGCGGCACUGGAGCUAUGUUUCAAGGGUGGUCUAGGGUCAGGCUCGUUGCCGAACUUUUUAACUGUCGUUCCGGGCAAUCUGUCGGACCUGCCAUCACUGACCGCGGGGAAGAAAGUCAAAUCGGAAAGCAAGCUAAUGGAUGUGAACAGUAUGAUACAGUGUGACGAUAGCUUCGAUGCGGCACCCUGUUGCUCCUACACAACCGUUCCACUGGCGGCGGGUACGAUCGUUACCACUACCGGUGGAAUUUCCAAGUUGAUCUCGACGUACACACAGGCAACUACCGAUCUGCACACCGCCACGGUGCUCAGUACUGGAGCGGAAGAGCUGAUCACACUCGGGUGCAGUGACGUGGUUGCGUCCCCCGUCGGUCCCGGAUCGUCCGUUGAGAGUGGAGCUGGUGGUGGCAUUGGUAGCGGUAGCAUCGCGAGCGGAAGUGGUAGCAGCAGCGGCGAGACAAAAAGUGUCAAGUUUGGUAAGAACCCUCUCAAACCGAAGCAGACGAAACUGGCCAAAUCGACAAAGUCGGGCAACGAUGUCACCGGCAAGAAAUUACUAAAAAAGAAGCGUUCCCUCAAGACCGAUUCGAGCCUGAAGCGAAAGAAAACGCGUGUUAAGCCGGCACUGACCUAGGCGUUUCUUCAUAGUGCAAUCAGAGUAUUUGGAGUGUCUUCCCUCGUAUGGGAGAUAGAAAAGAUGGAGUGUGUGCGUGUGUGUUUGGGUGCUUUUGGUUAUAUUUAUUUUGACGAAUCAGUAUAUUUUCGUAAUGCGUGCGCUUCCGCUCGAUCACCGAUCUAGGUUUUCACUUAAAGUGGACUUUAUAUUUUGUUUUCUUGAUCUUCUUUACAUUUUGUUAUACAUUCAGACUUUAACUUUCCUUCCAAAACGAACAACAUCGCUUGUGUUUGGGCUCAGUGUGAUAUCUUUUUUUUUGUAUUGCGUAUUUUUAUUUUAUCUUUAUAUUUUAUAGCUGCUUGUUUUAAGUGUAAUACUUUUUUAUGUAAAAACGAAAAAGGUUGGAAUUGUUAAGCGUGGGCAGAAAAGAUAUUUUCCGGGUUACAGAUGAGGAGAUUUUCACUAUCGCUACAUCAUUACAUCAGUAAAUGGAAAGUUUAAGUUUAACAUUUAACACCAUUGGAAAGUUUAUUUCAAGCCAGAACCGCUUCACGUAGCCCGGCGAAAAGAGUUAGUUUGUUCAUGAAUUUUUCUGUAUGUAAAGCAAAUAGUGAGAGAAUGAUAUGAUUUGCAUGGUAAGAUUUCGUGUUAUACAUUUAAUUCCUGUUCACCGAAUCAUUUACCUGUCUAUAGACUCAAGACUUUAUAAAUGUAUUAUUAGAAGGAGCUUGAAUAGGAAGCGAGUAAGCGAGGUAAGGAAGGAAUGCGAAAAAAACAGACGUGCCUGAGGUUCGCGUGGAAAGUUUGGCUUAAGAUUUAAAACCAUGGAAGCAAAUCGACACUUCUAGGGCGGAGACAGAGAUAGAUGACGCUUUAGACAAGCUGUUUUAAGUGUUUUCUUACGUGUACACUGCGAUUGGGCCAUGUUCGGCACUAGGUACGAACGCAAUACUACCACAACCAGUUUUUUUAGAUAGGAAGCAAUAGCUAUCAAAAAGUACUCGCCAACAAAACACGAAGCAUUUUUUUAUUUCAAGUAUUGAAACUGUUACCAUUUACACGGGUAGCAAAAUAUGCGCAGAGGACAUGCAAGCAAAUAUCAUCUCGUGCACGAGUAGAACGAUAACCUCCAAUGCGAGGGUACACAGCGAAAGACUUAUGUAUGGCAAACACCGUGAUAAGAGUAAGGACAUUUGUGGAAUAAAAGGACGAAAGAAAUACAAAACACCGGA